UAUCAGUCUUAGGAAAUUCUCUCAGUCCAAUCAUUGACCCCCCGAAUCAACAUGAAACCCACCACCAUACCAUCAUCCCUCCUCUUCCUCCUCACCCCAGCGCCCCUCAUCCUCGCAACUACCUACGUUGAACUUGAAGUUAGUUUCUUCGGCUCCACUGUCGGAAUCCCCGACUCGACCGCCAGCGUCCAAGUCCCCAUCGGCAACCAUUCCGUCAUCCCUGCCACCUGUACCGAUUUGCCUCUUACAGCGAGGAACGCGACAUUGUUGUUGCCAGAUCCUACACUUGAAGUGACAUGUUAUCUUCUCGGGCUGCCUUGUGCGGAUGUUGUGGGGAUUGUGUCGACGGAAAUUACCUUUGUCAAGUUGGGGAAUCCGGCGAGGGCGGUGCAGUGCUAUCCUGAGUAAGGUAAGGUAGAUUGGAUUCCAGAUUGGGUAUGUACUCUUGAUGGCCGCCGGGUUUGGUCUGAUUGUGUCUAUUAUGACUGGCCUGGGGUCACGUGGAGUGAAGUCUAUACAAGGAGCAUGAGUCAAUACUAUCUGUCCUGUGUCCCUUACGUCUCGAAAGAAACCAGGCUUUGUUAUGUGUGGCUGGUGGAAGAGGUCGGUGCGGGUCAGAACUGUGAAGGUUGUGGGAUGCUUUUCACGAAAGGUGUCUUUGCGACUGUGGAUUGGGCGAAUUUAAUUCAGACGGCUGCUUUAAUCUAUCUCUACAAUGUCACAGUGGAUGAGAGAAUGGGCGGAAUCAGGGACAUUGAGUGACAACCAGACUAGUCCGCCCUUCUCAACUACAGAUAUGGCAUGAAAAGACUAU